CGUCCUGCUUCAUUCGCGUAGACUGCAUUUUCUGUUGAAGAAUGACUUCUGUAUGGAAAAGAUUACAAAGAGUUGGCAAAAAGGCCACUAGAUUUCAAUUCGUGGCGUCAUAUCAAGAACUCAUUCUGGAAUGUACAAAGAAAUGGCAACCAGAUAAACUGAGAGUGGUGUGGACAAGGAGGAACAGACGCAUUUGCUCCAAGCUUCAUUCAUGGCAGCCAGGCAUCAAGAAUCCCUACAGGGGAAUGGUGGUGUGGCCUGUACCUGAGAAUGUGGACAUUACUGUCACACUCUACAGGGAUCCACAUGCUGAUGAAUUUGAAGACAAAGAAUGGACAUUUGUCAUUGAGAAUGAGACGGCAAAAGGCAGUCGGAAAGUGCUGGCGUCUGUGGAUUUGAACAUGAAGAAGUUUGCCAGUGCCACACACUCACAGACGGACCUGACCCUCAAGAUGAAGCCCUUGUCGGUGAAGGUGGUGGAGGCCACUCUGAAGCUCUCCUUAUCCUGUGUGUUCCUCAAGGAGGGGAAAGCCACGGAUGAGGACAUGCAGAGUCUCGCCAGUCUGAUGAGUGUAAAGCCAACAGAUAUUGGAAACCUGGACGACUUUAAUGAGAGUGAUGAGGAAGGUGAUAAGAGAUCCAGUACCGGGGCUAACCUCAGUAAUGUAGUUCCAGCAUCCCGCCCUCCUCUUCGAGCAACACGUUCCCUAGAAAAAAGACCUGCAUCUUUAAAGAGCCCUUCAGCAAUAGCACCUGUGUCUUUUCCAAGAAGACUGUCAGGUUCUGAGGCCCCAUUGGAGGGUCCCGUGACCUCUGACUAUCCUCUGCUCAAACUGCCUCUGGCUUCUCCCUCUGCUCCCUUUAUCUCUCACCCUUCCUCUUCACCCACUGUGGUACUUAAAGUAAUGCUCUUAUCUACUACCCCUGCUCUUGCCCUGUCAACCACUGAUGCCCUCACAGCUGCCCCCUGCAGUUCACCUCAGCCCUCUCCAUCCCGGUCAGAGAUAACCAGGGAGCUCAACACACUAACAGAGGAGGAUCAAACAAAUCCAUUUAUACAAGAUUUACUUGCUGAGCAGCAGUCUCAGGUUAAUCUGAAGAGUUCUGAGCCCAGACAAGAGCAGCCUCGCUCGUCUCAGAUCGCUCAAGACAAAGCGACCAGGCCUGCCGCAGCUGUCGAAAGUCUUGGGCCAUCAGUUGACACAUCUGGAGGACGGCCUUUGGAAGCUUCUGAGGAUUUGGUCGUUGGGACUGUCCCUUCUCCACACUCAUUCUCUGUUCCAACAACAAUACAAGCCUCUUCAGUGACUUCGAAAUUCACUCAUAGAGAGGAACUUCCAAAGAAGAAUCUGCAAGUAUUUAUUGCAGAAAAACCACCACUGGCUGAGGAAGAGCCUGAUUUUAAAUUGGAUGAUUUUGACACAGUGCUCAUAACCUCUCAGCCCAUUGAAGGUAUUGGUGGCAAACGUCCUGAGAAAGCCCCGCUAGUUUCAGAAAAGUUCUUGCUCACUAAGGCAGAACCUGAGAAAACUGACUUUAAACACUCUGUGCAGUCCGGCCUGGGUCAAACUUUAUCAAUGACUCAUGAUAACUUACUAAAGCAACCAGAAAAAUCAGCAGAGGAACUCACGUCAAAAGGCCAACCAACAGAGCAGAAUGUGAAGAGUGUUCUGCUUUGCGCAAACCUCAACAGGUCAGAUGAGGACAGAAUAAUCAAAAAAAUUGCCUCAACUUUGGUUACCCCUACAGUACAAAAUGUCCACAAUAUUUUAUCCAGCUCAGCACCUCCAGAACAACAACUUAGAUUUGAAAAAAGUUCUCCCAGGGAGAAAAGGCCAAUGUGGGUUCAGGAAGUCCUUGCAUCAAAGGAAGACAAUAGGUUGACAGAGAUCCAGUCUCAAAAGUACAAUCUGGAAAAGUCUCUAACUGUCAAGGAAAGUCAAAAUGAAAAUGAAAAGGUCUUCUCUCAGGACUUCCCACCACCAGCUGAAAGGCCUAGCAUGGAUAAUUUCGAAGAUGUUUACCCCCAGAUUUCAGAUUUAUCUAAGCAGCUUCCUCCCAUUCAUGCCCAAUCCCCAGAGUCCAAAGUCAUUAAAAGUGCCUCAGAACAAACUCUACCAGUCAGAGAACUAGCCAACUCAGAGCAGACUGUAAAGGAAUCAGACAAUACAGAAUUAACCCAUAAAGGUGUGGAAACUGACUCACUUCUCCUAGCAGAGGUUCCAAUCUGGAGUGCUCUGGAAGACAGUGUAAAGGAUCAGAAAGAGGAUCAAGCCAGAGAUGAGGAAAUAAAUAUGCACAAAACACUUCACAAGAUGCCAGAAGAAGAGAAUAAAGCUAAAGUGUCCUCAAAAAAGGCUUUAGAAGCAGGACCCAAGGAAUCCUCAAUAUCUCCAACAUCACAAACAACAUUAUUCACGUCCAUACAGACACUGGAAUCGUCUCAGCCUGCCUGUCCACUAGAACCUGUGAAUAUAAACCCUGAGUCUAUAUUACAAGACACCACAUCAAUGUUAAUUAUUUCCCAGCCUGCUAGCAAAGAUGGGAGUGUGCAGUCACCUUCUCCAGUGCCUCUACAGGAAGUCGGCCUAGAUGCCACAAAUCAAGACCCAAAUUCUGCAGCUGUUAACAGACAUGUAGUUCCUCCACAAUGCAUUGAAAAGGGAACUACUCCUUCUCAUGUAACUACAGAGACAGCAGCUGUAGAGACUCAUGAUAAAUGCAAGGAUGUUGCCAAAGAGCCGAGGAAGAAGGACUCUGCACCACUAGAGGGUGCUGGUAAGGACUAUAUGUGCAUCAAUAAUACUUCAAAACUUGAGAUGGAAAAACAGAGCUCCCUAGUGAUCACCACAGCAACAGUUCCUUCAAAAACCAUUAAUUUAACACCCACAGUGAGACCGAAAGGUAUAAAUGUUGAUGAGAAUGUUGUUUCUGGAAAGGACAUUUCUCCAAGGAGCUCAGUGGUGCCGUGGCCUCUCCCUUCUCCUAAACUUGAUAGACACGAUGAGCUCUCAAAAGGUACAGAGCCCUCAAAAGACACAGAAAGUUCUUAUCGAAGAAAUGACAAUGUCUCCGAGGAGAGCAUUCAGCUAGCAAAGAUUCGUCAAAUAGCAGAAGAGGAGAUGCUGCAUCCUCCAGCACCUGUUCCAUGCACUAAGAAACGUUUGAUCCCUUGCAAGCCAGACUUUGAACUUUCUCCACCUCCCCCCCUUCAGAUAAAAGUCAGCACUACAUCGCCCAAGAAAGAUGGGGAGAUAUUGCCAAAUGUAGAUCAGAGCAUCUGUACUAAAAUAGAAAUCACAAAUACACUUGGAACUUCAUUAUCAGCGAUCUCCCCUGAGCAGAUCAUUAUUACAUGCAAUGAAAAGAUUGAUAUCAGUCAGUCUCAGAGUUCCUCAAUGCUACAGGAAAGCUCUAGCACAUCACCGCUUAAGUCAGAUGAUAACCAAAGAGAGGCUAAAGAUGCUGUUUUGGAAAAUGUUGACUCAAAUGAGCAAGAAAAAAUCAUCCCGUUGGAAUGUAUGGCAGCUGAAAAGGAGUGCCAAGUGUCACCAGCUGGUGUGCCUAUAAUAAAGGCAGAGAAGUCAUUGUCAGAAACACGGACUGAAAUUGAGGAUAAGGAAGAGUUAGAUGUAAGUCUUGAUAGAAGUGAAGAGGCUCAAAUAGAACAAGAGAGAACAUCUCCAGUGCCUGAUGAAUUGUCUGGUGUACCUCAGGAAAAGGUAUCCAACAAUGUCAUCCCACAAAUUAAAGGGAGCGAUACUCCAUCUAAGAGCCCACUCAGUAUGCAGGUUAAUGGCCAGACUACAGACGCAUCCCAAGUGAUUGUGCCUCCAGUGCACAAUAAAAAGAAGUUAAUUCCACCGCCAAUGGACCUCGCAUUAGGAAAAACACUUGACGGAUCAACUAGAGAUGGUUCAGCAGUGUCUGCAUGGGAUUUUGCCAGUCCACUGCCCAGUCCUGGUUUGGUGACUUCCAGUCAGUCCUUGCUGCAAUGGUGUCAAGAGAUCACUAAGAACUAUAAAGGGAUAAAAGUCACAAACUUCAACACCUCCUGGCGUAACGGCCUGGCAUUCUGUGCUAUCUUGCAUCACUUCCAUCCUGAAAAAAUUGACUUUGAUGCAUUGGAACCUCACAAUAUAAAGCUAAACAACAAAACAGCUUUUGAUGGUUUUGCAUCAUUGGGAAUCUCUCGUCUUUUGGAGCCUUCAGACAUGGUGCUCCUUUCUGUACCAGAUCGAUUGAUUGUCAUGACAUACCUGUGCCAAAUCCGUGCACACUUCACUGGACAGGAACUGAGUGUGUUACAAAUUGAACAGAACAACAGUCAAACCAGCUACACGGUGGCUGAGCCCAACCAGGGGCCGGAUGUAAAUGCAGCAGCAAAAUUCUGUGCGGAGAGGCUACAGGUUGGAGCUUUGUCAGGAGACAGAAACAGCAAAAAAUCACUGGGAGAGGAGGGAACUGACACUGUGGCUAAGCCUAACGGAGACCUUGUUCCUCCACCUCGGAUUAAACGUGCAGGAAAGGUGGAUGUGAAGGAUUAUAAGGAGACAGCAGUCAAAGGAACAGAGGGAGGUGCACAGACCCCGGUGGCUCCACCACGGCCGAAUGCAGCGGCGUCCAGAUCAGGAUUAGGACACCUACGAGACGUGGAUCUGGUGAAAAAACGACGCUCGCGGCUAAAGAGCGAAUCCAUUGAUGAGCCUGAUUCAAAAGAGCAGACAAAGGAGACAGGUAAAGGUGAGCCAGAAGUUGAAGGAACAAACGGCUCAACAGUUGCCAGAGAUAGUGAUGAAACUGAACCUCACGAGACAAACCAAGACGUUAAAGCAGCAGAGAAUGAAACAGUGUGUCUUCAGGACACCAAUCAGUAUGUUCUGAGUGAACUUCAGGCGCUGGAAUCAGAACAGAAACACAUAGACAGUAGAGCUGCCAUCGUGGAGAAGAGACUCAGAAGACUCAUGGAGACAGGAAGUUAUAAAGAUGAAGAAGAGAAGCUGAUUCAGGAAUGGUUCACACUGGUCAACAAGAAAAAUGCUUUGAUCAGGAGACAAGACCAUCUGGAGCUGCUGCAAGAAGAGCAAGAUUUAGAAAGAAGGUUUGAGCUUUUAAACCGCGAGCUCAGAGCCAUGAUGGCUAUUGAAGACUGGCAGAAGACUCAAGCCCAGCAGCACAGAGAACAGCUACUUCUACAGGAAUUGGUGUCUCUGGUCAACAAGCGGGACAAGUUGGUCCGAGACAUGGACGCAAAAGAGAGAGGUAAGGCAAGCCAACAGAUCAACGAAAAUGGCUCUGGAGGAGGAUGAGAGGCUGGAGAGAGGUCUGGAAGCAAGACGAAGAAAAUGCAGCAAUAAGGAAAAGUGUGUUAUUCAAUAAAAAUGCAAAAUUUGAAUUUAUAUCAGAACUGUGGCUCACUGCACCAAGCACUCCACCAGAGACAACUUACAUUUGGCAUCUAUAUCACUUCAGCCACACCAGGACAUGAGUGUGCCUUUUUAGAGACUUUUGGUUUGAAUGUGAAGAUAUUUUAGAGGACUGUGGGAUCUUCUUGGGAUAUAAAAUAUGUCCAGUGAAGAUCAAGUUAUUCUCUGAAUGUUUUAUUUUUUGAAGUCUGAACUUUUAAUUUGAUGGUUUUGCCAAUGAAGUGAUAUUCCAUCUAGAGUUUGGUAUACUAGCAAUAUUACUGUAAAUCUGAAGAGGUCUAUUUUGCCUUAUGUUUUAUUGGAUAAUGUGUAUUAAUUUCUUUCACAUUGCUCCAUAUAGGACACAUUUUUCUCUUUUAAGAUAUUUUAUAAACGAAGGGGCUCGCACCCAAGUUGGCUGUUUUACAUUAUUUAAGUGUGACAUUUCCUGGUAUGCCAGAAUGUCUCUGUUGUGCCAUUGUAUUGUAAUAGCUGCAAAACUGUAUUUUCUGAUGGUUCGUCCGGCAGUAUCAGUUAACAUGUUUUUUCUAGUUUCUAAAGAGGACUGUAUUUAUAAAGUUAUUUUUGCAUUGCAGUGCCUUUAGAGGUUUAAUACCUUUUGACUUGGGGCUUUUUCUAUAACAAAGCCAUUUUGUAUUUUUGUCUUUUGAAGCUUGAAAUCUAUCUCAAUAUUUAUGGAUCGUUUUAUAGAGUUUUAUAGGCACUGUAAUCUUUUUGAUGUUGAAAUGUGUUAUUCAUUCCUAUUUGAACAUUAAGGGUGUUUAAUUCGAUAAAGUUUUAUGCUGUUUGUAUUAUUUUUGUAUCAAUUAUAAUUUAGAUAUUAUAUCUGGAUCCAGAAUUGUGUUUUGUAAGCAUUGUACCUUUUCUGAUUGUUCAGAAAGUUAAAGGGAUAUUUUUUUUUUUUUUUUUUGAAGUUAAAGGGAUAUUUCACCCAAAAAUGCUGUCAUUAUUUACUCACUCUCAUGUUGUUCCAACCCCAUAUGACUUUAUGUCUACUGUGGAACACAAAAGAAGAUAUUAGGCAGAAUUACUGCCUCAGUCACCAUUUACUUUUUUUGUAUGGGAAAAAAAAAAAAUGCAAUGUAAGGGAAUGGUGACCAUGAGGCCAUUUCCACAAUAAAACAGUAUGUUUGCAUUAACUUCGCUACAUUAACACCUUUCAUCCGCACUAGAAUGGCAUUUUCCUCCACCAAAAAUUGGGUGUUUUUAUCAUUACCGCAUACUCUGGAAAAAAUGUUGUUAGGAAACUGAAAACAAAGUUUUAAAACGAAGACGGAUUAGUGUGGAUGUGGCCUUAAAAUUUCACCCAAAAAAAAUAAAUUCUUUCAUCAUUUACUCAUCCUCAUGCCAUCCCAGAUGUGUAUGACUUUCUUUCUUCUGCUGAACACAAAUAAAGGUUUUUAAAAGAA